UACCCAGAAUUCCGUCCGCGCGUCAACAGCAACAGCUAGGAUGUUGCGAUAUCGCUGGCAGCCAAAGAUUGCUGUGGUUGCAGAGAUUAGGCUGCUGGGUUGAAACCUAUGCCUAAUGUUUUGAUAGAUGUAAAAAAAAAAUUGUUUUCAGCUCCAGUUGUAACAGACGUUGGCUUUAGUUUCCUGUCGACUCUGCGCGUGUUAGUGUUGGUGAAAGGCUGCCUCGCGCUAAUGCGUUAGCUUACAAAAAUCACAGUUUUAACGUAUAUGGGAGCAAUUAAAUAGCUAGACGUGCAGCUAUGUGCCAUCUAAAGGCUGCUUCACUUGACUGAGGAUGGAAAGAUUUUUUUGGGUAACGCUAUCACACAAGUUACACGUCGGAUACAUCGCUCUCGAAGACAUUAUCUUCAGAGGAUAACCUGGAUAACCUUACACGAAAUGUCAUAGCGCGUAAGUAGCUAGCACUUAGCUAGCUGGGUAUUGGCUGGACGAGAUGGAGAUGGACCUAAUGUUAUCAUCUGCAGCAGCCGACCAUGAACAGCUGGAUGGAUAGCUGAAGAAAGACUUUCUCCGGAGAUGCUUUAGCCUCCUGGGUGGUGUAAUUCACUUACAUAACAGCGAGUCGCAACCGCACUAGCUAUCACCAACUGGCUUGUAAAUGGAAAUCUGCAACCAAAAAUCUGGGUUGUCUCAACAUCAUAAGUGAUAAAGGCAUCACUGCAUGUUUUGAGACUGCAAAUAGACUUGCUUGAAGCGUCGGAUUCGUUAGGUUUACAAUCUUCUUUUAUAUAUCAGUGCAAUAAUUAAGUGCACAGGAAACAAGCACUUCAUCUGUGGGUCUGUGUGAUUGAAGCUGCAAAUACUCCUCCUGUCAUUUGGACAACAUGAGGAAGUUCUUUGAUUCUCGUCGGGAGUUGGUGAGCUCUGGGCCUGGUUCUGGAGGAGGGGGUAGCAGCUCGGGGUCCAGUCAUGCAGGCGGAAAUUUCAUUGGCAGAGCCUUCACUGUCGGGCGGCACCAAGUCACUGUUGAGGAGAUAAUUGCUGAAGGUGGCUUUGCAAUUGUGUUCCUGGUGCGAACAAAUCAAGGGGUGCGUUGCGCCCUGAAGAGGAUGUACGUCAACAAUGAGCAUGAUCUGCAGGUGUGCAAAUGCGAGAUUCAAAUAAUGAAAGACCUUGUCGGUCACAAGAAUAUUGUUGGUUAUCUGGACUCCAGUAUUACGGCUAUGGGAUCAAGGGACGUAUGGGAGGUUUUCAUACUUAUGGAUUACUGCAAGGGGGGGCAGGUGGUAAAUUUGAUGAAUCAGAGGCUGCAGACUGGCUUCACUGAGGCUGAGGUGCUGCAGAUCUUCUGCGACACCUGUGAUGCCGUUUCUCGCCUGCACCAGCGCAAGACACCUAUCAUCCAUAGAGACCUUAAGGUGGAGAACAUCCUCCUGCAUGACAAGGGUCAUUAUGUGCUGUGUGACUUUGGCAGCGCCACUAACAAGUUCCAGAGCCCACAGACUGAAGGAGUGGCCACAGUGGAGGAAGAAAUCAAAAAGUACACUACUUUAUCAUAUCGUGCCCCUGAGAUGGUGAACCUCUACAAUAACCAGAUCAUCACUACAAAAUCAGAUGUGUGGGCUCUGGGCUGUUUGCUGUACAAAGUGUGCUUCUUCACUCUGCCCUUUGGUGAAAGCCAGGUGGCCAUCUGUGAUGGCAGUUUCACCAUUCCAGACAACUCCCGCUACUCUUAUGAUCUUCACUGCCUCAUUCGGUACAUGCUGGAGCCAGACCCUGAGAAAAGACCAGAUAUCUACCAAGUGUCCCACUUUGCUUUUAAACUAGCUCAGCGGACCUGCCCUGUUCAGAAUGUGAAGAAUUCCCAAAUUCCUUCUAAACUUCCUGAGCCAAUCAAAGCAAGCGAAGCUGCAGCAGCAAAGAAGAACCAGGCUAAACCCAGACUGACAGAUCCAAUUCCCACCACUGAAACCUCCAUCACCCCUCGCCAGAGGCCCAAAGCAGCCCAUUCCCAGCCCGCGGCUGGCAUCCUACCCAUCCAGCCUGCUGCUCUCACCCCUCGCAAGCGGCCUAAUCUCCCUGGUGGUGCAGCUCAGCCUGUGGGAGUCAGUUUAAACUUCUCUCAGCCAGCCGCAGCUCUGCAGUCACAGAAGGCACAGACUUCAGCGCUGCCUCUCGUCCAGUCACAAAACAAUUCCAGUCAGGCUGCGGCUCCACAGAAGCAGCCCGUGCAGGCAGCCGCAGCCACAGCAGCGGAGACUACAACGGCAGCAGCAGUCGUGUCACCGGUGACCAAGGCUGACGUCCAACCACAAGCACAGCCAAUAGUUCAGCAACAGACCAUACCUCCCUCCCUGUCCAGUGGCCCCUCACAGCAAGCAGCUCCAUCGAGCCCGGCCCCUCCUCAACGCCCAGCUCGACGCAAGCAGGCUCAGCAGCCAGCGGCUCAGUCGUCACCCAGCAAACAGGCCUCUGGUCAGCCGCCUGUAUCCCAGCAGCAGCAGAUAACUCCGCCAUCAGCGGCCCAGGCUCAGCCCGGCUCCACUGAGAUCAGCCAAAAAGCAGCUGAGACGACUCCACCUGCCUCUCCAAAGACAACUGAAGAACGAGGCCACCAACACACACCAAGUGACGCCACAUCGAGCAGCGUUGCUGGAGUUCCAGUGAGCGACUCCUCACAGCAGCCACAAGGAGCUAACGGAGACGCUGCUCUCGACCAAUCACUUACAUCUCCACCAAGUACCACCCAGCUUGUUGAGCUUGGUGAUGGUGAUGCAGGCCAGGACCUAAACAAAGCUGGACCCACUGUGGAGGCCACCAACACCCCCACACAGCCUGCAUGGAACCCAUUCGACGAUGAUCUCUUUUCCAACCUCUCUGCAGAGGAAUUCAAAACUGAGGGCAAAAAGCCCACAGUUACUGUUAUUACUGCUACUAUGCUACUUUUUCCAGACCUACCUUCAGAAAUUGAGCCAUCCUCAGAGGAGUUGAUACCAGGCCUGCAGGCCUCAACUGUGGAUGAUACACCCCAAGAUACUGUUGAAAGACCAUCAACCAUUGUUGAUGUGGAUUCAGGAGCCUCACUGUUGGUUGUCCCAGAUCCUUUUGAUAUCCUCGAGCUCUCCGAUACAUCAGAGAAGCUGAUUGAAGGACUCAAAUCUCCAGACACGUCUUCACUCAUGCUUCAAGACCUCUUGUCGUUGUCUGAUCCCUUCGGUGGCUCUGUGGAAGAGGCUGCAAAAGACCCUCUCACCGCAGACGACUCUCUCCUGGGCUGCGCUCUGAUCUCUGGUCCGUCCGCCCCUCCGGCAGCGAGCAGUGCCACCUCCUCCGUCUCUUCUGCUCCCACCUCCUCCGCUGCCUCUGCUUUGGAUGAUUUUUCUCUGUUGUCUGGGGAUUGCGCGCAACCUAUAGCAGACUCGUCUCUGCUGAUCUCAGACUUUGAGCCCCAGCUGGCCGCUGCAGAGGCGGGCACAGAGGAUGAGUUUGAUCCUAUUCCCGUCACGGGCCGAAAGAACUCGCAAGUUUCAGGAGGCCACUCGCGCAGUAACAGUGGCGGCUCUGAAUCCAGCCUGCCCAGCUUGGCCCGCUCCCUGCUGCUGGUGGACCAGCUCAUCGACUUGUAGGCGGCUCCCCCCCCCCCCCCCCCCCUCCCCCCGUAGAAGCUGUAACACUGGAUUAUAGACUGGCAUAGCAUAACGGCAAUCAACACUGUUGUCAUAGCUAGCUUCCUGCACCCCCCGCCCCCCUCGGCUGUCAUCUCCAUUCUAGUUCCUACAGUAGAAACGUCCUUCGCCUUUCAGUGCUUCUUCAUACCUGCCCUCUCCGCCGUAUCAAUCGCAUUAUCUGGCUUCUCUUCACUUCUCAUCUCUCACCCUCUCACUCACAUCUUCUCUUUGUUGUAGUGUCCACACGUCAUGUAUCGCCCCAUCGGUUUAAGGAGUGGCCAGUAAACUAACAUCAUCCUUUCUAAAGAUUAACCAUCUUUCUGUCAAUCAGGAUAUAUUAUUCCUAUCCAGUUUGUUUGAGCAAUAUUGCAUUAUGUCUAAUAGCAAACAAUAGAAGAUCAUUGUUGUAUUGUACAAUAGGCAUAGUUAUAAGUGGUCGUAGUUAUUAUCGUGCACAAGUGAAAUUGUCGUUGUUUGCCUUUUUUAAAUUCUCUUCCCCAGAUUUAUUUGCACAUCUUAGAGUACUAGUAGAAACCAUAGAAAAGCUAAAUGACCAUUUGUUUAAAUGGGGUCAGUUUAUUUCUUCUAUAAAAGGGAAACCUCGUCAUGUAGCCUGAUUUGCACAGUAUCAUAAAUGUAUAUCUUAGCCAAGUUAAAGCUGCUAAUAGAUUAGACUAUAAAAUUACAAUCUGGAAAGAAAACAGCCAUAACCACACGUCCUACACACUGAGUUAUUGUGAUGAAGAGAAGAGCAGGACACUAAACGUUUCCCUGAUAAACCGUGAAGUGCCAUAAAAAUAAUCUGUGAACUGUAAACUGCUGACUGCUGCAGAAAGUCUUUCAGCUAAACUCUAAAUAUAUCCACAAAACUAAAUCAAUUAUGUCCAACUGACAAACUUUUCAAACGAGGAUCCGCUCUCGUUUUGGUUUAUUUUUUUAUAUUAUAUUUCAUUUUUUAUCCUCGAUGGCAAGCAAUAGGUUGUUUUGGAAUUAAAUGACUAAUCGGGGUCAUUUAACAGUGUUUAUAGCAGUGUGCCAUAUCCAUAGGAAAUGCAUGAAAUCAUGACAAUAAUUAGAAAAAUCAGCAGUAAUAGGAAAUAGUGGAAAUAUGCAGUAGCGUUUAUCUAGAGAGAACAGUCGAGACUAUUCAGGUCAUCUCUUUGGCACUAACAGAAACAGAUUUUAAAAUGAUUUCCACUCACUCGCACUUUUUUGUUUAAACACAAACACUCAUUCCGCAUUGUGCAAUCCUUCCUACAUUCCUGACAUUUGUUCAUUCCUAGUUUUAUGUAAAUAUAUAUCUGCGUCUCCUGCAGGCUCUUACCCAGACCAUAGAAUUGGUUAUUCUUCCCGUGUAUAUAUUAAGUCAUUGUCAUAAAGCUUUACUUGUGGAAAACAUAUUGCUUUACUUGUGAAAUCUCACAUAUCCAUCCAUAUAUAUAUAUAUGUACAUAUAUAUGCGAUAGAUAUAUGACUGAAAAUGACAUUGUUUUCCUGUUAAUAAAUGUUAAUAUGAAUAGAGUGUUAGAGAAUGAAUGUAAGAAAUAAAUAUUAGUCUAUAAUAAUAAUAAUAAUAAUAAAAAAUAUCUAUGAUUCUGACACCAUAAUAUUGAAGAAUACUCUAUAUAAAUAUUUCAUUCCUCUUUGUGGAACUGUGUGUUGAGAAAGUUUUUCUUGGUUGUAUCUUCUCAGUUAUUGUCGGUACAUUAAAAUGUAUAGAUGAUAAUCCUCGUUUCUGUUCAACCUGGAGAUUAGUCCGAUGUUCUUCGCCGCCUCCUCUAACUUUGUGAAAAGAAAGCGAUCCUGUGUUCUGUUUGUUUACACGGACUGAUGAAGGAUUAUAUUUUUAUUCAAAACAGUUGACCAUUUUUGAAAAAGUGGGAGCUUAACCUCUUGAACCCCCCCCCCCGUUUUCAUUUCAUCGCUAAACUAGAACCUUUUCUGAAAACUGUGCUUUGUGAAGCUUUGUGUUGCUUUACGGGCUUUAGUGAUCACAUCAUAUCAAAAAGCAUGGCAGUGUUGUUGAAUGUUAUGUUCAUGUGUGUUGGUAUACAGUGUUAUGAUAAGUGUGUGUGUGCGUGUGGAGUCAGAAUUGUUGGAUGUGUUUUCCAGUAGCCUACUUGUGUUGAUGUUUGCUGCAAAUAUGGCGACGGUCACGUUGUCGUUUAAAAUCUGAAAGCACAGCCCCCCCCCCCCCCCCCCCCCCCCCCCUAAAUUCUCUCAGGAAGUCCGAGAGUUCGAUACCUUAUUGGCUUACUGCUCCCCAGUCUCACUGUCCUCUGGAAGUCUGCACUUCAUACUACAGUUUAGAGAGUGUCUGAUAGGUUCAUGUGUGAGGGGCUCUGUGAAGUGUGGAAAGGUUGAAUCUGCCAGCAGUGGAGAAGUCAGCUGUCCAGGGUUUGAAAGAAUCUGCUCCAAUCAGCAGUAGAAAUGUUUCUGUAGGAUCAAACAACGUUAUUUUUGCAUCCCAUGCAUGAUUACAGUGUGAACACUAUGCUAGAAAGGGAUUUUGUGAGCUCUACUUAAAAUAGUCCCUUCUGUAGGUGACGCAGUAAUUCAGAGAUGCGUUUAAAUAAUUUUUGGUAUUUCAAGUUUUUCAAAGAAACAAAUCAGUUCUAUUGUGGUUUAAUGCUGAACAAGUGCAAACAUCUUAUUGGGGUUUCACAUGCUAGUUAGAUGUAAACCUCAUACGUGUAAUAUCGAAUACAAUGACUGAAGAAUAAAAUAAAUCACCUCACAACUUUAAAAUUCAGAAUCUGAGAAUAGUGCCAAAAGCAUUGAGUUCUGAUUAUUCACAUGUUCUUUGAUGACACAAGGUCCUAAUAAUGGGUUUAAACAUCGUGCUACUAUUUCAAUUUUAUUCAUUAACCGCCAAGAUGGAGAGUAUUUUGAGUGGACUCUCAAUUUAUCUUUGAAAUAAAGGAGUGGCUGGUUUCAAAGCAACAGUCUCUCUGUAGGUGUAUUUACUGUAGGUACUGCAUGUGCAACUGAAGGCUUAUGUUGUUUUUCAUCCUCCUCUUUAUGAUCCUUCCUCCGAGCAAUCAGUCAUUUGCAGUUACUGUUUGAACCUAUGCAACUCCCGAGCUUUCUCCCUGUAGCCGCCAGUGUGCUGUUGUAAUCGGUAAAACCAAGCAGGUAGUGAGAUUAGUUCUCGAUGUGAAACAGAAGCCCCUCAUUAUCUCUGUUGUUUUGCCAAAAAUGAAACCUGUCGAUCAUCUGAUACUAUUGAGUGUUUUUGAGACGCCUCUUGUCUUGAUGGCCCAAACCUGCGUCAGAGCUGUGGUAUCGUGUGCUCCUUCUAUUUUUGUGAGAUAAUUAAAGAAUUAUAAAGGGAUGGAAAAUAAAAUACAAAUGUGAAUGUCAA